GAAUUGAGUGAGUUCUGUUAGUUUCAAACAUUGGAUCUUAAGUGCCCUGGCUGAAGACAUCUUUGACCCCAACUCCCUGAAUAGAUCAUUUGAUUAUUUCUAUGUAAUAUAAGGUGGUGGCUUCUUGAUGAGAUGUUUGCUGUGGCUUUCUUCAUCUUGUUCUCGAUGACUUGUCAGCCUGGGGGAACCGUACAGGAGAAGGUGAACUGGAGAGUAAGUCGGGCUGCUGAGAGUUUCACCCCCACAGCGGUUACCUGUCAGCUGAGCAACUGGUCUGAGUGGACAGAUUGCUUUCCAUGCCAGGACAAAAAGUACCGACACCGGAGCCUCCUGCAGCCAAACAAGUUUGGGGGAACCAUCUGCAGUGGUGAUAUGUGGGAUGAAGUCAGCUGUCAGAGUCCCUCAGCUUGUCUACCACAAGCACAGUGUGGACAGGAUUUCCAGUGUAAGGAGACAGGUCGCUGCCUGAAACGCCACCUCGUGUGUAAUGGAGACAUGGACUGUCUUGAUGGCUCUGAUGAGGAUGCCUGUGAAGAUGUCAGGGCCAUUGAAGAUGACUGCAGCCAGUAUGACCCAAUUCCAGGAUCAGAGAGGGCAGCUGCUGGGUAUAAUAUCCUGAUCCAGACAGAAGCUCAGAGUGUGUACGACGCAAGGUAUUAUGGGGGUCAAUGUGAGACGGUAUAUAAUGGGGAAUGGAGGGAACUACGUUAUGAUCCCAUCUGUGAGCGCCUCUACUAUGGAGAUGAUGAGAAGUACUUCCGGAAACCCUACAACAUCCUAUCGUACCACUUUGGAGCCCGGGCAGAUACUAGUCUCUCCUCAGAGUUGUAUGAUGAUGCAAACGAACUUCUUACUAACCUAAAAGAUGGCAAGUCUGUGUCAGGUGGGGUGACCGUUGGUGUAGGCCCUGCAGGCAGCCCUGUAACAGUGGAUGUGGGUUUAUCUGAAUCACGCGCCUCUUCGAUUGCCAAAGAGUUAAGCAAAUAUAAAAGCAAGAAAUAUCAGUUCAUGAGAAUUUUCACGAAGGUGCAGACGGCUCAUUUUCGGAUGAGGAGUGACAAUAUUAUGCUGGAUGAAGGAAUGCUGCAGUCAUUAAUGGAGCUUCCGGAGCAGUACAAUUACGGCAUGUAUGCCAAGUUCAUCAAUGACUAUGGCACCCAUUACAUAACGUCUGGAUCAAUGGGCGGCAUUUUUGAGUAUAUCCUGGUGCUUGACGCAGAAAAAAUGAUAUCGCACAGCAUCACCAAAGAAGACAUCACGAAAUGCUUUGGAGGCCUUGUGGGCCUUGGCUAUGAUUAUUCGGAUACUGUGAACAUUGGAGGACGUUUAUCAGGAGAAGACUGUAGAAAGCAUGGAGGUGGUGAAAGAGAUUCUGACCUUAAGGCCAUGGCUGUGGAAGACAUCAUUUCUCGGGUGCGAGGUGGCAGUACUGGCUGGGGUGGUGGCUUGGCACACAACGGGAGCAUCAUUACGUACCGUUUCUGGGGGAGAUCAUUAAAGUAUAGCCCUGCUGUUAUUGAUUUUGAGAUGCGGCCCAUCCAUGAGAUGCUGAGGCACACGAACCUGGGGCCCCUGGAGGCCAAACGCCAGAACCUGCGCCGGGCCUUGGAUCAGUACCUGAUGGAAUUCAAUGCCUGCCGCUGCGGACCUUGCUUCCGUGGGGUGCCCAUCCUUGAGGGCACCAGCUGCAAGUGUCAGUGUCCCCUGGGUCGCCAGGGCCUUGCCUGUGAGAGAACAGAGCAAAAGCGAGCCAAGGUCGAUGGUAGCUGGAGCUGCUGGAGCCCCUGGUCUGCUUGCACAGCGGGCACUCAGGAAAGGAGGAGAGAGUGCAAUAAUCCUUCACCCGAGAAUGGAGGCGCCUCGUGUCCAGGGUGGAACGUGCAGACUCGGGCUUGCUGAGGGCCUCUGGGCACACACCGGGACAGAUGCAGCCCUGUCUGGAACACUGGAUAAAGACUUCUUGCAGCUGAGAAAAAAUGCCAAUCGACAUGGACUUUUUCUUUGUCCUGACAGCUACCAGGCCUAAGACCAGGCUGCAUCAUCUAUAACCAACUGUUCUAUUACCUGCAAAACUCUGUCACUCAGCAACUGGGUGUUGAGUGUUAACUAGAAUCUCGGUCCUGCUCACAGCACUUUGGAUCAUCCAACAAAAGCAAUAGGAGAAAUCUCAAUCCAUAUCUUAGAGGAACUUAUAGGAUAUUAAGGGUUAGAGGUUCAAGGCAGACACUCUUGAAACAAUCAAUGGCCAAUAUAACAAAGCAUGAUGAAAAUUAUCUCAGUUCUUUGAUAAUUAUAUUUGUUCAUUUAUAGAAUGAUUAUUAGUUGACAGGAUAAGCAUAUGCACUGAAAUAAUGAGAAAAAAUUAAAGAUUAACUUGAGUUCCUUCAA